AUGGGGACCGCUACCGAAUCGCAGCAAGCAUAUAUCCUCAACGCCAAGACGGAGGACAGACGUCCAGCCACGGAAAGUCCAGCCCCCAUCUGGGAGAAUAUCGGCGCCCGCAAGAGAGCUCUUCUCAGCGCCUCGAUUCCCGAGGAAUGGCGCGUCCCUGCAACCUUGUUGCCGCCAGACGCCCAAGACGAUGUCACGACCUGGCCGGCCACGUCUGGCUGGUUCACGCAGGCGGAGCUCGACAUCACGGAGCAAACGGCCACACAACUCGUUGCCAAGCUCACGACCGGGGCGCUGUCAUCGGAGACGGUGACUCGUGCAUUUUGCAAGCGUGCAGCCGCAGCGCAUCAACUGGUGAAUUGUCUGUCCGAGACUUGCUUUGAGCGGGCCCUCGCCACCGCGCGCGCGCGUGAUGCGCACUUUGCCAAGACGGGCCAGCCCGUGGGACCGCUCCACGGGCUGCCCAUUUCGCUCAAGGACAACUUCAAGCUCGCCGGCCUGGACUCGACCGUCGGCUUCUCGUCGCACGUGGGCGAUGCCGCCGCCGACGACUCCAUGCUCGCCAAGGUCUUGGAGGAAGCCGGCGCCGUCUUUUACGUCAAGACGAAUGUGCCCACGGCCAUGAUGAUUGCCGAGACAAUCAACAACGUGUUUGGCCGCACGCUCAAUCCGAGAAAUCGACAGACGACAAGUGGCGGCAGCUCCGGUGGCGAGUCGGCGCUGCUGGUGCUCAAUGGCAGUCCCAUCGGCGUAGGCACUGAUAUCGGCGGAUCGCUCCGUAUCCCUGCUGCCUGCACCGGUAUAUUCACCCUUCGUCCCUCGGUCGGCCGCUUUCCCGUCCGCGACUGCCGCUCGGGCAUGCCCGGCCAAGAAGGCGUCAUGUCCGUCAACGGGCCGAUGGCGCGCACGCUCGCCGACAUUGCGCUCUACAGCCGCGUCGUGGUGCAGGGCCGGCCGUGGCUGCGCGACGCCAAGUGUCUCCCGCUGCCGUGGCAGCCGCGCGCCGCGCCGCCAACGCUCCGGAUCGGCGUCAUGUGGGACGACACGCUCGUGCGGCCGACGCCGCCCGUCGCGCGCGCCCUGCGGCACACGGUCGCGCGGCUGCUCCGCGCCGGCCACGACGUCGUCGACUGGCGCCCGACGGACAUGCUGCAGAGCCUCACCAUGAUCAGCCGCUUCUUCGUCGCCGACGGCGCCGCCGCAAUCCGCAAGGAGCUCGCGCGCACCGGCGAGCCCUGGCGGCCCGAGAUGGACGCGUACCGCGACGCCCAGCCGAUGAGCGUGUUCGACGUGUGGAGCCUGCAGACGGAGCGGACGGCGUUUCAGAAUGCAAACCUGGACCGGUGGAAUGAGGCGGGUCUCGAUGCGCUGCUGCUGCCGACGAUGCCGUAUGUGACGCACCGGCACAAUGGCACACGCCAUGUGGCGUAUACGGCUAUUGUGAAUAUACUGGACGUGUCUGCCGUGUCAUUUCCCACGGGGCUGACCGUAGACAAGACUAUUGACGUUGUUGGUCCGGAGUAUGAGGCCCUGAGCGAUACGUGCGAGGCGAUUCAUGCAGAGUAUGAUUCUGAUCUUCUAGACGGCAUGCCGAUUAGCCUUCAGCUUGUUGCUCGCAAGCUUGAAGAGGAACAGGUCCUGGGCAUGACUGAGAGCGUCCUCCAAGCUCUAUCAGACUAA